UGUCAGUGAAGAAGGGAGAUUCUGUCACUCUACACAACAAGCUUGCUAAAGUUAUGUAUAUUAAACGGAUUCGGUGGAGUUUUGGACAUAGACAUGUAAUAGCUGAAAUCAAUGUAACAGCCGACAGAUUCUCUGUAUAUGAUGAUGUUCUUGACGGGAGAUUCAGAGACAGACUGAAGCUGGACAAACAAACUGGAUCUCUGACCAUCACAAACAUCACAACUAAAUACAUUGGGCAUUAUGAACUAUUGAUGAACGGUUUAACUAUGGUUUUCCUUCUCAGUGUCUAUGAUGAAAUAUCAGUAAAAAAGGGAGAUUCAGUCACUUUAGACUCUGAUCUUACUGAAAUAAUGGAUUAUUAUUGGAUUCAGUGGAUGUAUAUGAUUGAAAACACUUUAAUAGCUGAAAUCUAUAAACCGGCCAACAGCAUGACUGUAUAUGAUAAUGUUCUUGACGGGAGAUUCAGAGACAGACUGAAGCUGGACGAUCAAACUGGAUCUCUGACCAUCACAGACAUCAGAAUGAAAGAUGCUGGACGUUACCAACUACAGACCGGUAGUGUGAGCAAGAGUUUCAAUCUCACUGUCUGUGGACAGACGUCAGUGUCAGUGAUAGAGGGAGAGCCAGUCUCUCUGUACUCUGGUCGUACUGAAAUAAUGGAUGAUGACGUGAUUCGGUGGAUGUUUGGAAAUGAAAACACUUUAAUAGCUGAAAUUAAUAAACAGACUGGCAGCAUGACUGUACAUGAUGAUGCUCUUGACGGGAGAUUCAGAGACAGACUGAAGCUGGACAAUCAAACUGGAUCUCUGACCAUCACAGACACUAGAAUCGCAGACUCUAAUGAUUAUCGACUACAAAGCAACUUUAUGGACAUGCUUUUCCGUCUCAAUGUCUAUGCUCGUCUGUCUGUUCCUGUCAUCAGCAGAAACUCUUCACAAUGUUCUUCAUCAUCAUCAUCAUCAUCAUCAUGUUCACUGGUGUGUUCAGUGGUGAAUGUGGGUCAUGUGACUCUCUCCUGGUACAAAGGAAACAGUUUAUUGUCCAGCAUCAGUGUGUCUGAUCUCAGCAUCAGUCUCUCUCUACCUCUGGAGGUGCAAUAUCAGGAUAAAAACAGCUACAGCUGUGUGCUCAACAAUCCCAUCAGCAACCAGACUCAACAUCUGGACAUCACUCAACUCUGUCACACAUGUUCAGACUCUGUCCACUGCUGUGGUUCUACUGAAGCUGUGAUCCGAUUGGUCCUCUCUGCUCUGGUGGGCGUGGCUACUGUCAUUCUUCUGGUUUAUGACAUCAGAUCCAGAAGAGCUGAAUAAGAUCAAGCACAGAUUCACACAACAGGAAGUAUUGAAAUCUGAAGGAGACACUGAACUUUAAAUCUUCUUUAAGUGUGUUUUGUGUGGUUUGUCAUAUUAAUAUAGAUAACUAAAAGUUGCUUUGCUUGUAUUAUUCAUUAUAUCAGGCUUUCCUUUUUUCCUUUUUUUUAAAUAUAAACUUCAUAUUCAUAUAUUCAGAUUCAGGGUUUAAAGACUUUUAAAAUGUAAUUGUCUUCUAGUGUUAUUAUUGUACAGAUCCAGUUUUAAAAGCUUGUUGUUUAUAUUUCUCUCAGAAAAGACACAGAUCUCACUGUACUAUUCAUUUGUCUUCUGUAUUUGCUUGCCUUUAUCAAUAAAGUUUUCUCACUCUGAGUUUCAAGAGUCUG